AUGAAUAGCAAAAAUUUGACUGAUUCAAUACCAAUUACGAAAGAUAUGAACCAUAAUAGUGGUGAACAUCAAACUAAAGAUUCGAAUUCUAAAAGUUUACCUGACAUUUGCAAUGUAAAUAAUGAAAAUCGACCAAUUUUACCUUCGGCAUCAACUAGUAACUUUCAAUCAUCAAAAUCUCAUCGAUUGUCACCAUGGAGUAUCAAUAUAGUAGAUGAUCCAGACUAUGCUGAGAUUAUAAAAGAAGCCGAAAGAGCUAUUAAAAAUGGAGUACUACCAGCUAGAAUAGCAAUUGGUUCAUCUGGCUCUUAUUUUGUUCGAAAUUGUGAAGGCAAAACUAUUGGAGUCUUCAAACCUAAAGAUGAAGAACCUUACGCUCGUUUUAAUCCGAAAUGGUCUAAAUGGAUUCAAAGAAAUUUAUUUCCUUGUUGUUUUGGUCGUAGUUGUUUAGUUAAUAAUCAAGGUUAUUUAUCUGAAGCUGGUGCUAGUAUCAUAGAUGAAAAACUUCGUUUAAAUAUCGUUCCUAAAACACAUGUUGUGCGGUUAACUGCUGAAUCUUUCAAUUAUUCUGUCCAUCAACGACUUUUCUUAACAACUAAACGUCGAACAAAUGAAAUCGUAGAUCGCCAUAUGCCUGGCAAACGAAUAUUCGAAUUAGAAGAAUUACGUAGUAAAGUUGGUUCUUUUCAAUUGUUUGUUGACAAUUAUAUUGGCGCAGAUGAUUUUAUUAAGCAAAUAGAGGAACAACCAUUACCAGACAAAGCUAUGGAACAAUUUCAAAAACAAUUCGAAAAACUUGUUGUACUAGAUUAUAUUAUACGAAAUACAGAUCGUAGUAAUGAUAAUUGGUUGGUGAAAUAUGUCGUAAAACCAAGCAACAAACGAGAUCAGCUCCUACAGUCGCUCUCCAACCAACAAAUUCAAUCAGAGAAACAAGAUGAAGGUGACGUGGCGGCAAGUUCUUCAAAAACGACUUCAAUCAAUGCAACUAAUCCUAACACCGAGAUUCUUAUAGCUGCUAUUGAUAAUGGUCUUGCAUUUCCAUAUAAACAUCCAGAUGAAUGGCGCGCUUAUCCAUUUCAUUGGGCUGGGUUAAAACAAGCUAAAAUACCAUUUUCUGAAGAAAUCAAAUCUCAAAUUCUACCAUUUAUAUCUGAUAUGAGUUUUGUUCAACACGAAUUAUGCGAUGAAAUUGAACGAUUAUUCGCUCUGGAUAAGAACUAUAGCCGCCGAUUAGUAGAACGACAAUUAUCUGUAAUGCGUGGACAAAUAUUAAAUUUAGCGAACGCUAUUCGCGAUGGAAAAUCACCAUUGGAAUUAGUGCACAUGCCAGGUGUUCUUGUUGAACGUGUUCGUGGUCAUAGCUUAGCAGGACGUAAAAAAUUUAAGAAAAAAUUCAAUGAUCGUUAUCCACUAUUUUCUUGGUUUUAA